CUAUUCACUACUUUGUUUACAUUCCUGAGGAAAAUGGCGGACGAAGCACUGUCCAGAGCUGGUUUACACUUUGAUGAAUUGAAUAAAAUUAGAGUGCUUGAACCAGAUGUACAGUCUCAAACAGUAGAACUUAAAGAAGAAUGUAAAGACUUUGUUGACAAGAUUGGAGACUUUCAGAAAAUUGUGGGAACGUUUAUUGAAGUUGUAGACAAUGUCUCAAAAGAAGUGGAAAAGGAAAAAAUGAAGGCCAUUGGUUCUAGAAAUUUACUGAAAUCCAUUGCUAAGCAACGAGAGGCACAACAACAACAACUUCAGGCAUUGAUAGCGGAAAGAAAAAUGCAGUUAGAAAGAUUGAGAAUACAGUAUGAAAACUUACAGAAAGAAGAAAGUGAACAGAAUGAAUUUAUAGAACAAUUUAUUUUACAAAAAUAGUACAGCUAUAUCCUGUUGAUUUUUGUCUUUGACUUCAUAAAAUUCCGUCCACAAUAUCUCCUGAUCAUUUGAAGGGUUCAUGUCUGAAAUACUGAGAAAAAUAAUAUUACUGUUAGUCUGAUUCUGUCACUGAAGGUAUUAAAUCAGUACACUGCACAAAGUCUUGACUGGUACGUCAUUGAGUUCUGAAAAAUUAUGGUCUCUGUGAUGAAUUUGUUUGUGGCAGUUUUAUCAGAUAAAAGUGUUCAAAAUGUCAAGUUUUGUUAAGUCUUUAAAUGUACUACUGGUAUUUUAAGUAGCGGGAAAAAAACACUAGAAAGUCAUAAUAGCUCACAAUGGUAUUUUGGAAUGACAAAGGGUAAAGUAGACAUGGUAAUCAGAUGUGUAGUGAGAAAUUAUUUUUGUUAAUCCUGUUGUACAAAAUCAGAAAUUGUUUUUCUUGACUGAUGCGGCAAUGGUUCCUUUUAAUUAAGUGUAUUGCUUAUGUAAAUAGCUACUGAAGAUAUUGUCUGGGAGGUUUUUCCUCAUUAACAUGUUAAUAGGAAAAAUAAGCCACUGUUCAAAAAUUUGUUUUCAGAAAUGACUUUGGUUAAAUAUGUCAUUAAGUUGUAUUGGAAGGAUCACAGCACCAGUUUUAUGUCAAUUUUGCAUACUGAACCGUCUUAAUUGUAAGUGAAAAAAAAAAGA